AUGGCUACGAAGACGACACGUGCAGAAUUUGAGGCGGUCUUUCCUUCGUUGGUGGAGGACUUGCUGGGUGAAGCUCGGAAGUACAAUCUCCCGGACAAUGCACUACAAUGGUUCGAAAGAUCCCUCAACGCGAACACACCUGGCGGAAAGUUAAAUAGAGGCAUGUCAGUGCCGGACACUGGCUCGCAGCUUCUUGACCGGCCCUUGUCGUCAGAAGAGUUCAAAGACCUCGCGACCCUCGGUUGGCUCACCGAACUUCUGCAAGCUUUCUUCCUCGUCAGCGAUGAUAUUAUGGAUUCCAGUAUCACACGUCGCGGGGAGCCUUGUUGGUAUCGACAAGAAGGAGUGGGAAUGAUCGCGAUCAAUGAUGCCUUCAUGCUGGAGUCUGGAAUAUAUCUCAUCCUCAAGAAGCAUUUCCGCUCGCACGCUGCCUAUGUCGACCUGAUUGAAUUGUUUCACGAGGUGACCUGGCAGACAGAGCUGGGACAGCUGUGUGAUCUCAUUACAGCCCCCGAAGACCAUGUCGACUUGAAUAACUUCAGCAUGAACAAGUACACAUUCAUUGUUGUGUACAAGACGGCGUACUACUCGUUCUACUUACCAGUUGCUCUGGCCCUCCACUACCUCCGACUCGCAACCCCACAAAACUUGAAGCAAGCACACGACAUCCUGAUCCCGCUAGGAGAGUACUUCCAGAUUCAAGACGACUAUCUCGAUGCCUUCGGCGACCCUUCCGUAAUCGGAAAGAUCGGGACAGACAUCAAAGACAACAAGUGCGGAUGGCUGGUCAAUCAAGCGUUGUUGAUUUGCACCCCGGAGCAGAGAAAGGUGCUGGACGAGAACUAUGGGCAAAAAGAUGAUGCAAAAGAGGCCAAGGUCAAGGAGUUGUACAACGAGUUGCAACUAGAAAAGAGAUACCGCGAAUACGAAGAAAAGCGGGUAGGCGAAAUCAGGCAGAUGAUUGCUGGCGUCGAUGAGAGCACCGGCUUAAAGAAGGGCGUGUUCGAGGUGUUUCUGGCCAAGAUAUACAAGAGGAGCAAGUAG